GCUUCUUUCAUAGCCACUACGAGCCGGGGAGUAUAAAACCUGCGAGCUCACGCCGUUAGAGCACCAAUCCUUUCAUCCAGCUUCAGCUCUGCUAUCUGCUCCUUGUGGAAUUACUAAACCAGCAUCAUCAUGACUCUCGAGGAAGCUGUCAUCCAGAAGCCCAGCGAGAGAGCUCAGUGCACUGGAAAAGCACUGGAAGAAGUUUUGGUUUCUGCCAAAGCGAACGACUGCCUUACCAUUGGCGUUUACGAAUCUGCCAAAGUUAUGAAUGUUGACCCAGACAGCGUGUCUUUCUGCGUCCUGGCGAUGGAUGAGGAGUUCGAGUGUGACAUUGCUCUCCAAAUCCACUUCACUCUCAUCCAAGCCUUCUGUUUCGACAACGACAUCAGCGUCGUCAGAGUGAAUGACAUGCAACGUCUUUCUGAGAUUGUUGGUGACAAUGCUGAACAAUUUGAGGAUGCUCACUGCGUUCUUAUCACGAACCCAGCUGAGGACUCCUGGGAGGAUCCAGCUCUGGAGAAGCUUCACCUGUUCUGUGAAGAAAGUCGCAGCUAUAACGAGUGGGUUCCUGAGAUCACUCUGCCCGAGCGUUGAUCUGGAGCUUUACUCUUCUCUGUAAACCUUGAGGAAUACUCGACUCAUCCUUUGAAGCAAGGAUGCUGAUGUUUCCACAUCCCUGGAUGCUCCUGAGGAGGCUGAACCGUCCAGGCAGCGCGAGGCAGGCCCGAGUGGCCCUCGCGGUUCUACGUCGUUCCUCGUCCCGUCCAUGCCAAGAUGAUCCUCAUUCUUUAUGUGAAUGAGGUCAGGUAUGCCACGAGAGCGACACAAUGGCCCUCAUUCUUUGUGCGGAUGAGGUUUGGAGAGGAAGGAGAAGCGAGUUUUGCCUCUGUUCCACAGAGCAAAUAUCGCAUGCGUUGGACACGCAGAGGACGCGGCGGUGCGUCGAAGCAACGUUUUUAAAAAUGGACUUUA